AUCUAAUAAGCAUUUGAGGAACGAUAGAAAUGAUGAUCAUACGAACAUCAUCUAUCUUUGCUUUCUUAGCACUGCUAAUGAUUGAAUCAGCAGCAGAUCAGGCUCUGGUGAAGCAUGGCUGUCAAGAGUUUUGUGGGGAUGUCAGCAUUCCAUACCCCUUUGGAAUCGGAAAAGAUUGCUAUAUGAAGAAACAGUUUGAGGUCUCCUGUCAUAACGCUCACAAACCUCCUAAAAUAUUCCUAACCAGCGCAAAAAUAGAGGUAUUGUGUUUCUCUCUUGAUCCCACCUUUAUUGUCGUCAAACUACCCACAAACUGCACGAACUGUAAUAGAACCUUGGCACCUUUGAAUCUUGCUGGAAGUCCUUUUAUUACCGUCUGGUCAGCGCUCGACUUGGAGGAAUAUGUUCCAGGCGUGUUAGAAUGGGCGAUUACUGAUGCGGAUGUGUCACAAUUACCACAUACAAAUGAGAAUGCAUUUAAUUGUUUCCAGUUUAAUGUUUUUAACGAUACCAUUGGUUAUGGUCGGCUUAAUGGAGAGGAACCAAUUUCUUUAGCAAGGGCAGAAGGAGGAAGAAGUUUGGCCUCUCAUUUCAUUCAUUCCAUGGAAGAGAAUGGUCUCUUUAGUAUUCUUGAUGCUCGAGUUAGGGAGAGUUCUGCACAUGAAGAGAUAACAAAGGUUGCUAAACUUGCACAUCGAUGCUUGAGCUUGAAUGGUAAAAGGCGGCCAAAGAUGAUAGAAGUUGCUGCAGAGUUAGAGCAGAUUCGUCUUUUGCAAAACAAUUCAAAUGGUCAACAGAAUCAUGAAGAGGUUACGUAUGUCAAGAGUGAAGUAACCAAUCUCUGGGAUGGUACCUCGACAUCAAUAGGUUCAGGUUUGGACUCUGGAGCUUCUUUGUCCAUAGAUAUGCAGCCAUUAAUUUCCAAUAAAUCACAGGGAUUUAACUGAUUUAUCCUAGAAUGCGUUUAUUCCAUGUUGAGUAGCAUAAUAAGCUCUUUCUUUCUUUAGUGUUUGAAAAUUUGUAGUUCAUCUAAUUUUUAUUUUUGUUGCUUUGUAGUUUAAAGUUCAAAUAAAGUUUAUGCACUGCU